AUGACCUCACUUUUAUCACUAAUGAUUAUACUGGUGUCAAAUGACAACGGUACGCUAUGGUAUGAUUCUGAGCCCAACCGAUACCAGCUUUACACCGGGGAGUUUGACCACGGUAAUUCGACGCCAUCUUGCGACAAAUUCCAAGCACGAGACACCGCGGAACACACUGCACUGAACCAACCGUUUUGGGAUGCCUUGUACCCAGCCAAGGAGUACAAGCUGGUCUACACCGUGCAGGACGGGCGCCUCUACCUGACCUGGCGUGUCACGUUCAAUCUCAAGGACAAGGUCGGUGACGACUGGGUUGUCUGGGUCAACGCCCUGGAUUGCAGUCAGGUCGUCGCCGUUGCGCCCGCAAAUAUGGACCACUACAUGAAGAGUCUGGAGGACUUUGAUAACGCGCAGGACCAGCUGUUCCUGGACCAUGGACUAAGCAUAGUCCAUGAAACGGCGUAA